CCAUCUGUGGUUUGUCCUUGCCGCUGCUUGCGAAGUCUGCGGAAUUCGAUGUUCGCCUAGUUGACACGCUCUUGAGGACGGCGAGCAUACGGCGAGGCAGAAGAAAUGGUGCGAGCCUGGUACAUGGACGACGACUUGUCGACCGACCAACGAGAGGAACAUCAACUGGACCCACCUGUGCCGGUGGCCUUGGACGAAAUUCGUGAGAAGAGCGGAGUACUCUACUGGAAGUUGAAUGCCGACACAUACGAGAAGGAUGGCGAACUCGAGAAGAUCAGGAAAGAGCGAGGAUACUCGUACACAGACGUCAUCGAGAUAUCCAAGGACAAACUACCGAACUAUGAGGAAAAGAUAAAGACAUUCUUCCAAGAGCAUCUGCACUCCGAUGAGGAGAUCCGCUUUGUCCUGGCUGGGAGUGGCUACUUUGAUGUUCGAGAUUGCAAUGACAAGUGGAUAAGGAUUGAGGUUACCAAGGGAGACCUCCUUGUUUUGCCUGCUGGAAUCUACCACAGAUUCACUCUUGACAAGCAGAACUACAUCAAGGCCAUGCGGCUGUUCGUGGGAGAGCCCGUCUGGACGCCGAUCAAUCGCCCGGCCGACGACCAUCCAGCCCGCUCUCAGUAUCUGGAGACCCUUAGUCAAACCUGCGACUGUGCCGCGUGAUGGCCCAGCUGCUGGAAACAGGCAUGCAAUCAAUAUGCUGCAAGGAAAUUUAGUGCCUUAUAGUUCUAAGCAAACUUCUAAUGAUAUUUUUUAUUGAGGUGUAGCACUUCGUGCGAAUAAGUAUACAUAAAGAUUUAUUUUCCAACACUA